AUGAAGCGCAUACUCAGCACUCUUCAUAAGCGCUCGGGUGAGUUUCCCUCGGCCGAUGUUGUUUACCCCGAAUGCUCACAAGCCACAGGCCCCUCUCUCAACAAUGCUUCGGAAUACACCAGUGACUCACCGGAAGCAAUUAUUCUACAAGGCGUGAAAGCCUUCUGCGAGACGGAAGAGAGUAGCCAAGGAAGCGAGUUCGUCCACCUGCCUGCCGUCGUCGAAAGCGCAGAGUCCAGCCCCAAUGCCGCCAGCGAGGCCGCCCACCGAAUUCGCAAGUACCUGUCCGAUCCUGCAUCGACACCAGGCCGUAUCCAAUAUAAUGCCAUCAUGCUGAUGCGCAUCCUGAUUGAUAAUCCGGGCCAUACGUUCACGCGCAAUAUCGAUGCCAAGUUUGUGGCUACGGUGAAGGAUCUCCUGCGGGAUGGCCGCGACAUGGGCGUGCAGCACUUCCUCCGGGAGACGCUCGAUACGUUGGAGUCGCAAAGACCUGACGACCUAGAUCUUGCGCAGCUGUCGCAGAUGUGGAAAAAGGAGAAGAGUAAACUGAGGAGGACAAAUAGCGGGAGCACCUGGAGAUCGUCACUGUCGCGGCAAUCGCAACAACAACAACCGGGACAGCAACAGCAGCCACGGCCACCAACCUUGCCCCGGCCAGGACCGUCAUUACCGCCACCAGAUGAACUGGCUGCUCGCGUGACGGAAGCCAAAACCUCGGCUAAGCUCCUCCUCCAAAUCGUCCAGUCGACUCCUCCGGCAGAAUUCAAAGGGAAUGAGCUCAUCCAGGAGUUUUGUAACAGAUGUCAGACGGCAUCGCGGGCUAUUCAGAACUAUAUACAUGCGACGGAUCCUGCGCCCGACGAAGACACGCUUCUGACGUUGAUCGAGACGAACGACGAGCUGUCGGUAGCCAUGUCCAAGUACCAGCAUGCGUUUCUGACUGCGCGGAAAGCUGCAAGCCCUUCAGGCAGUCAGUCACCUGAGUCUUCAAGUGGGGCCACCGCCUUCACCACAUCCGGCGCUGUGCGUCCAGUCCCUGCGCCGCCAGUGCCACGGCGCCAUGUGCAAAGUCCUUCGCCUGUAGUGUCUUCGUCGGAGCCGCUGCAGCCGCAGUCACAGCCGCCCAACACUGCAAUGGCUCCUCCCCCGAUUCCAGGCUCUUUUACCAGUAAUAACACGGCUCCGGGUCGUUAUGAGUACCGAUCUGAAGAUUUUCAGGUACAGAAUCCAUUCGCGGAUGAUUACAGUUCGACCAACAACACUUUGAGUGCUACAGAGAAUCAUCGGCCUGCAGGAUUAUACCAGCGCCCUGCACAGCAAGCACCUUGA